GUUAGAGCACACCUGUCACCACCGUUACACGCAUAAUGACACUCACCUGGACUCCAUCACAUCCUUGAUUACCUGCCCUUUAUUUUAUUCCCCAGUCGUCAUUGUUCCUGUUUUAUGUCGAUGCGCUGUUUGUGUUUCUGGUUUUGUUCAUUUAUUUCUUAAACGUAUUCACUCCCUGAACUUGCGUCCCGACUCUCAGCGUACAUCUGUACAAUCCGAAACGCAACCAAAAUAAACUGUAAAUACAUCCAACAAGUUUGUAGAGCCACAAGCUUGAUGUAGUCACAUGGUAAGAAUAUGGGACCAAAUACUAACGUUUCGACUACUUUAAUAUACAAGUGAAUUUGUGUAAAAAAAUAAAAUAAAACACGUCUUCAAAUGGGGGGAAUAGAUAAAGCGCACUCAUUUCUAAAUGGUAAAACACGAGAAAUACCCUCAAAUAAAAGGUGACAUUUCAGUACUGUCACCUCAUCUGAAUCAUUUGAUCUCCAAUCCAAAACGUGGGAGUAUAGAGCGAAAUUUACACCGUUUAGCUUCACUGUCCAAAUAAAUACAGGCGAGUGUAGGUUACUUACUCAUUCACUUCUGUACCUGACCGCCAUAGAGCGGGUUCCAUCCCCAACCUGAACAAAUAACGCGACAUAUAACGGGCUCUAUAGAUAGCGUGAUCAGCUCCCAACCUCAUGUAUACACAAUUUUAAAUCCAGUAAUCUACAAGACCACGCCAGAAUGACUGCAUCUAAAAUAGGUCAGAAACUGCAAAUGCACGCCAGGUAAUUAUCUUAAGAGAAACAGCGGAGGUGGAUGAGGAAAUGCCUACACUUAUACCAUGUGUGUGUGGCAUCGUGUUAAAGAGAAAGAGAGUGGCGGACUAUAUUCAGUGAAUAAAUUGCAAACAGUUCUGAACAUAAACUGCAGGGAUCUAGUUAGAAUGAGCUCUCCCAACUCUCUAUCUGUCCACCGUGCUGCUAUGGAACGCUGACAGGCUCAUAAUCCAUACUGUUCAUUCGGUCAUGCAGUGCUAAUCUAAGAUCCCUCGCAGGUUGGAGAUUAACUAGUAGCAGAGCGAGAGAGAGAGGCAGUGACCAUAGAUUUAGGCCAAUAGCAUCACAGGGCAAACACUGGCCAGGGACAGGAGAGAAAGAGCGGUAGAAAGACAAGAGAAGGAGAGAGAGUGGGCGCCAUACAGACAUACAGACAACACAUACACAUUGAGACAAACGCUAGGAAUCCAGAAACUACGCCCACAAGCUAGUUUUACAAAGACAAGGAUGGCCACCACGAUUUCUGCCAGUAUCUAGUGAAGCCCACCUGAACACAACUCUACAGUCCGGAGUUGACACAUUGUCCACGUGCUCAGCGUGUCCAGUGGCUUGUGACGGAGCUAAACCCACUGCCCUGGACCUGCUGCGGGGGACACAGACUGGGAGAAGGAGGAGAGAGGGGAACAAGAGGACCAGUGCCAGGUCAGGAAAGAGACUCGAGCGGCACCUCCGAGGAGCCAUGAGGACAGCCAGGCGGGCCAGCACCGUGGAGGUGCCCUCCUUCCUCCGCCAGCUAGCCAAGGAGACAGAGAAGAUGGUCACCUUCUUCUUUAAGGGGGGACAGAGAGAUGGCCAGGAGGGGAGCGAAGAGGACUUCAGUGAUGAGGAUAAUGGGCCGAGCGUCUACCUGGACCGGCCCGUCCUGGAUAAACACACGGCCGAGGGGAGGUCUCAGUGGGGGGUGAACUAUGCAACGGCCAGCAUGCAGGGCUGGAGGGCGCAGAUGGAGGACGCCCACACCUGCAUGCCGGAGAUGGGAGGGGAGCUGGCGGAGUGGGGCUACUAUGCAGUGUUUGAUGGACACGCUGGCAACACGGUGGCACAGUACUGCUCCCAUAAUCUGCUGCAACACAUCCUCGCUACAGGGCGCGUAAAGGCACAGGAGGACCCUGACGACGUGAAGGAGGGGAUCGUCGAGGGCUUCCUGGCCAUUGACAGCCACAUGCACACACUGACGCGCCAGGAAUGCUGGGAGCGCAGCGGCUCCACGGCGGCCGCCGUCAUGCUCUCGCCGCAGUACGUCUAUUUCGUCAACUGUGGCGACUCGCGGACACUCCUCUGCCGCGACGGCCAGGUCAUCUUCUACACGGAGGACCACAAGCCCUUCAACCCCAGGGAGAAGGAGCGGAUACAGAACGCGGGCGGCUCGGUGACCCAGCAUAGGGUGAACGGCUCCCUCGCCGUGUCCAGGUCCUUGGGAGACUUUGACUUUAAGGAGGUGGACUGGAGGUCCCAGACUGAGCAGCUGGUCUCCCCAGAGCCAGAGGUGUACGAGCUGGAGAGGUCCCCGCAAGACGAGUUCCUCAUAGUGGCUUGUGACGGAGUGUGGGACGCCAUUGGCAACGAGGAGCUGUGUGCGUUCGUCCAUAGUCGCCUGCAGGUGUGCGAUGACCUGAGGGAGAUCUGCAACCAGGUCAUUGACCUCUGCCUCUAUAAGGGUAGUUUGGACAACAUGAGCAUCAUCAUCGUGACCUUCCCUGGUGCACCCCAGGUGUCACAAGAGGCCCUACAAAAAGAGGCCGAGCUAGAGACAAUCCUCGAAGCCAAAGUGGAAGAGAUUGUCAACUUGCUAAAGUCACGGGACAAGGACCCUGACCUGCUGUACGUGAUGAAGUUUCUGGUCUCUGAGGACAUACCUGGCCUGCCACCAGGGGGAGGAGUCACCAGCAAAAGAGACUGUGUCAUCUCUGCAUAUCAGAAGUUUGUAACACCCUUCAGAUCUCUGGAACCAAUGGUAGGAGAAGACCAAACAUAGUGCAAGAGCGUGCCCUCUGUCUCACUAAAUACAUAAGCGCAAACUGGACUAAAAUGUAACUACGUUACUUCCCCCCCCGACACGUAAUUGACGUGUCGCAUUCCAGGACAUCAGAGGAUCUGAAGAGUCCAACUAGUCGUAUCCAUGGAAAUGUAUUCUUCAGCCUCGCGUAUCCAUGGCGACCAUUUAGAAUUGGGGCCUCCGCUUUUCAGCUGAGCAAUCAGCCAAUAGCUAAAUAAAGAACUAUGGUGGGAGGGGGUGUGACCUGGGCCUGCCCUUAGCCAAUCAUCUCUUCUCUGUUCCUCAUUUGCACUGUCUAUCAAUAAGUCUACUGUACCAUCAGAUAAUAUCAAAUAGUUAGCAUUAUUCCAGUAAGGGAAGAAUUACAUAUUCCAAAACUAUUCUUUAAAAAACAUGAUAAUUAGAUAUAAUAUUUAUUAACUUUCUUACUUUACACUUUACAGUGCCUGGGUAGUUAAUUCACUUCAAGACUAGAAGCUUAUGAAUAAGGCUGAUCAUGUUAUUUCAUUUAAAAAUCUAACGGAUAUGUUUAAGCAGUGUGCAACUCCAUACUGCCGCAACAAAUUCAAUUGAAAAAAAAAACCCUUCAACCAUUGCAGACCAGUGAA